GCAGAUAUAAAGCAACCAAAGAAUUCAGCAAAACGGCUAACUUAACACAAAAAAUUUUCCCUAGCCUAGGCACCACACGUCAAUGUUGCUACAUACAUCAAGCAAAGCAGAAACAUAUCCAAAGUAUUAGUAAUAUACAUCAUAAACAAAACAAUAACAAUAAAAUAUGCAACAACGUGUGGUAUAAGGCAACAAAACAACAACAACAACAAACAAAUAAAUUUUGUAACAUUGAUCAUUUUGUAUGUAAAAGCUACAAAAUUACAUCAACACAUCCACAAAAAUAUUUGUCAAUCUUCAUAUUUAUAAUGACCUUAACAGUAUUAAAUCAAAGCCAACAGACACUAGCCAAUCCUUUAUGGUUAAAAAAUGCAAAUAAACUAACAGAAGAGAAUGCAAUGCAACAGAAAACAACAGAAAUGUUACUAACAGUAGACAUUGAGGAAAAAAGCCAACAGCGACUUAAAAGUGAUACACGCAUAAACAAACGCUAUGCAGAAGAUAGUUGGCACAGCAUUUAUGCAAAGGAAGGAGUAUCACAAAGUAUUGAAUGGUCGAAUCCUUGCAAUGGCGUUUGGGUGGAGACAAAAAGUCCUGUACAACCAGUAAAAACAUCACUUCGCUGGUUACAAAGCAAUGUAUCCCGUGAGCUUAAAACUCUAAGAGCCACAACUAAUUCUGCUAUAAACGCUACUAAUAUGCGCAGUUGGCCAAAGAACUCUCAUAAUUUCUUGCCAGUGAUAAAACUGAAUUCUAAUGUGGCUUUGCGUCGUUGGCAUCGCUAUUUACAAAUCCAUGUUGCCGCAUUUACAUAUUUGAGACGUGCUGAAAUGCACUGGGAUCAGCAUGUGCUGCAACACGCUAGUCCGAUAUACCUCGAGUUGGACAAAUUAAAGGAAAGCGCACUAUCCGUAUUAUGCGAAAUUGAAACAGCCAUUAAUAAUACCUCGGUUAAUACCCAUAAGUCACGGCGUAACAUUAAGACCAUUAAGCGUGCAGCCAUGGAGAAGAAGCUAGAGUUCCAGUCACAUCUAAAGCAUGUAUUCGGUCAUAAAUGGGAUACGCAACAAAGCAAGGAACUGCAUGAAUUGAUAUCGACAGACUUAAAAGUUGCAAAACAUCGUUACCUUAGCAUGUUGCGUGCCAUGCUUAAAGUGUUGCGCUCGCAUAUAACGCGUCCUGGUCCGGUACAAUUGGAUAGUCACAGCACAAGCAGUAGUAGCAGCAGUAAAGGCAGUUCCAAGCAAUUGAAUAGCAGUCAACAGAGUUAUUUACAAAGCGAUAGCAAGGACCUUAGCAGCAGUAUUAAUAGCUUUGAAACGAAUUUCAGUCAAUCAUCUAAAGUACGUCACAGAAAGAGGCCCACUAAUGUAAGUGGUGGUCACACUGCAAAAAACACAAACACAAAUCUUAGUGGCAAUAGACGACAUAAGCAACAUUCGCACAACGAAAGGAAGCAAAUUUAAAAACAUUCCAUUCCAACGAAUUCCUAUUUUAAUAAUAAUAUUAAGUAAAUCCUUCGUAUUUAUAAAAUGCAUCACACAACCGAA